AUGACACAGCAAACUACAGCCGCACUUUGUCGUGUCGAGCACCGUUGUUUUUUCUGGAUCGUGCUGCUGUCUGCUUCUCUCCUCACCGCCAACGCACUUACUUGCUUCUUCCGCCUGCCCUGCUGGAUUCGUUGGGAGAGAUGCUGGUUGGCACGCAGAAGCGGCGGUUCACGCUGCUUGCUGCUGGCGUGCUGGUGUUUGUGAUGGGCGUGCUUGUGGGCGUGUACCUGACAUCGAGCGUCAUCGAACCGGGCAUCCACGCCACCGUGGACAAGAGCGUGUACACCACCAAGCCCGUGCUGACCACGUCAACAACCACCACGACCACAGCCAACAAGCAGCAAGACGACCAGCGACCACCAAAAGGGAGCAACGAUGGCUUCACCAAAGACAGCCAAAAGACCACAGAGCCCGAGGACCACGACGCGGAAGGCGUUCCUUUCCAAUCCAAGUUUCCCCGGAACCCCGACUGUGGGCAAACGUGCUGCGUGCCGAAAUCGCUCGAGCUGGAGAAGCGGGUGCUGCAGUCGCAGCGGUUCACGCCACGCAACGCAUCCAACCCGGAGCAGAGAAUAUCCUACAUCAAGACGCACAAGACCGGGUCCUCCACGCUGGGCAGCAUCUUCUUCCGCUACGGCGCCCGCCACGACCUCACCCUGUACAAGAGCCCAACGCACGGCCUGCGCGUGCGCUACAAGAACUCGGCCACCAUCCCCGCCGACAUUGUUGUCUACCACUACGCGGGCAUCCCCACCGCACUCAGGUCCAUCGCUGCGUGGGAGGCCGCGUACAAGUGGUACACGGAGGUUGUCCCCAACGGCAAGUUUGUCACCAUCCUGCGCGAGCCCAUCUCCCACUACCUCUCCUACUACUACUUCUACGACGAGCCAAAGGCCAACAGCCUGCCGCUGGAAGAGUUUGUGGAGCGCGGGAACCACGCCAACAUCCUCAUGCGCGACUUUGGCGUCCGCACGCCGGAGGAGAUGGACAAGUUCAUGCGGGAGUACGCGCCCGUGUUUCGCACCCUCCUCCUCUCCGACCGCAUGCAUGAGAGCCUCGUCAUCCUUGCAAACGACCUCGGAUGGUCGCUGUGGGACAUGACGUACACAAAGCUGCUUGACAGCUCGAAGGAAGGCUUUAAGCGAUGGGACGGAAAACCCGUGAAGAAGACGCCCAAGAUCAGCUCCCUCGAUCCGGCCCUCAAGGAAAAGAUCGAAGACCUCACACAGCUGGACAAGAUUGUGUACGAUUACGCCAUGAAGGAGCUUGAUCGCAAGAUCCGGGCAUAUGGACCCGCGUUCCGGGCGGCGGUGCGGGCACUGGAGGAGAUGAAUAGCGCGCUCAACGCGUUUUGCUCGUGCGGGGACCUGGGCAAGGACGAGACGCGCUUCUGCAAGUGGUACGACAUGUCGGAUAUGAAGUACGAGGGCGCCAUCAAUGGUAAAGGGCACGCCAACGCAAUAUCGCUUCCCUUUCUCCCAUCCUAGGCCGCACUCGUCUCGGGUUGAUGUUAGUGGGUGACAGAGGGGACGCUGCUCGUGAGGGAUGAUCAUGAUGGUGAUGAUGAUGAUGAUGAUGAUGAUGACGAUGAUGAUGACGAUGAUGAUGAUGUGAGCCUGUGCGUCCUUCUGUCAUCUCUCCAUCUCGUCCCUGCCCCCCCCCCUUGCUCUCUUGGCUUGCAUCCGCGCCUGCGCCACUUCUUCUUGUACACACGCACGCACGCACGCACGUGCGAUCUGCCAUGCCAUUGUUCGUGCCGCGAGGCAGCUUAGUAGUACAUCAGCUUCGU